CUUGAAACGCUCGUCGGCGUGUACGACGGCGCAAGGUGAUGCCGAGUGACCUCGAUAGACAGAUCGAGCAACUGGCGCGCUGUGAACCGAUCUCGGAGGAGCAAGUCAAAAUCUUAUGUCUGAAAGCUCGUGAGAUUCUUGUGGAGGAGGGCAAUGUGCAGGCGAUAGACUCUCCGGUUACGAUAUGCGGCGACAUACAUGGGCAGUUCUUUGACUUGAUGGAGCUGUUCAAGGUGGGAGGGUCAUGUCCACAGACUAACUAUCUGUUUAUGGGCGACUUUGUCGAUCGUGGAUUCUACAGCGUAGAAACGUUUCUGCUAUUGCUGGCUCUAAAAGUCCGAUACCCCGAGCGCAUCACGCUGAUUCGCGGAAACCAUGAGUCGCGUCAGAUCACCCAGGUAUACGGCUUCUACGACGAAUGCCAGCGCAAGUACGGAAGUAGCAACGUAUGGAGAUGGUGUUGCGAGGUCUUUGAUUACCUCGCGUUAGGAGCCAUCGUAGAUGGCCGAGUAUUCUGCGUGCAUGGCGGACUGAGUCCAAAUUUGCACACGAUUGACCAGAUCCGAGCCAUCGACAGAAAACAGGAGGUUCCACACGAUGGGCCUAUGUGUGACCUGUUAUGGUCCGACCCGGACGACAUCCAAGGAUGGGGCGUAUCGCCCCGCGGCGCCGGAUAUCUCUUCGGCCCAGAUACGACGAAAACGUUUGCGCACAAUAACGCUAUCGACCUUAUCGCGCGCGCACAUCAGCUCGCGAUGGAGGGAUACAAGCUCAUGUUCGAUAGAACAAUCGUGACCGUUUGGAGCGCGCCCAACUACUGCUACCGGUGCGGCAACGUCGCUUCCAUUCUCGAACUGGACGAACAUCUUGCGCAAGAGUACAAAGUUUUCGGGGCCGCCCCGUCGGAUGUCCGGUCUAUACCCACAAAACGCCCCCCUGCCGAUUAUUUCUUGUAGCUCCAGCGACCUCCCCGUUUUACGAAUAUAACCCACAACUGUAAUGCCCCGGUGCUUGUAGCCUUAGUAAUUC